UGUCAAGAUUUGUCGAAGGUAGUUAUUAUGGAAGAAGAAGAUCUUGCAAUACUUGACGAUAAUGGCGAUUAUCAAACUUUGCCUAUUUGUACGUGUGUAUGUGAUGAUAUCGUGACAGAACCCAUAACACCUAGUGAACAAACACCAAUCCCAGAGCGAAAACAGUUAAUUCUCAGUACUGUUGCAAGAACAGAAAGUUAUCUUCGUGAACGUCGUAUUCCUGAAUUAAUUCGUUUUCUACUAACUAUGAUUCUAGCGCAUACUCCCGAUAAUCCUAAAUCUUUUCUUGAAAAAUUACUCAAUGAUUGUAUGCUUUUUCGUGCAGGACAUGGACUAGCCCCAGUACUUUAUGAAAAUAGGCACCUGGAAGCUGUGAUAAAAAGCUUUGAUCCUGGUCAGAGAGGAUGGUUAAGUGCUGGUCAAGUACACCGACUUUACACAACUUUAGGAUUAAACAUUGAAGAAUUAACACUGAAGAAUGAUGAAAAAAUACAGUGCGAUGUUUUGUUAGAUACUUUAAAAAAAACUCAAGAAGUAGAAUUAUUUCAGUUGUUAGCAGCUGGUGUAGUCGAUAACAAAAAUAAUGAAUUCCCGUAUGAUUAGAUUAAUAUCUAUAUAUUCUAGCACUCAUCUAAGACUCAUCAACCAUUAAAUCCGAUAAAUCGAUGAUGGUUGAUAAACGGAUCGUCCUACCAAUUCAUCAACCAUUAAUAAUUAAAUCCUAUCAAUCCUAUCAUAUCAAUAUCAUCGAUGAUGGUUGAUAAUAAUUAAUAGAAUCGUUCUACUUUAAUAAUUCCAUCUACGGGCAUCAGUAAGGACGAUUGACAGUAUGAAAUUCUCAAAAUUAAACGCAAUUAUAAUAUUACCCACAUCGACUGUUAAAUGGUACAAUCGAGUUCCGUUCAGGACUCAGCAGGUUCUUUAUUAAAUUCACGGUCUUCACCUCAAACAUUUGUUAUCGUAGAUAUGUUGGCAUUCUAUUCUGUUUGUGCACUUGAGUAUAGUUACCGGCUAUUAAAUAGUCUUAAAUAUUAAUUAAUCUCUGAACUACGAUACGAUUACAAGCUAGCAAAGGUAUUGUUCAACGCACUCCUGUACUAUAUUAUGUACAUGGAUGUAGCACUCACACUAAUGCAGAUGGCGAACGUGCAGUGCAGCGCGGUGCGCGGGCUACGCGCCCCACUAACGUUUAAAAAAUGCUAUUGUGACGUGUCUUGCGGUUAACUUCAAAAACGACUACCUAUUCAAUUGGCGCGGACUAUACCAAAAUUAUUAUGUGAACAAAUGUAUAAAUAAAGCAAUUGUUAAUUUACAAGAU